GAUACGUCAUUCCGUCAGGCGCUAGGUUUUGAAAGCACCAAAUGUCCGUGGAUUGAAUAAACAUUACAUUAUUGUUACAUUUUAGACUUGCCGGCCGAAUUUGCAGUCUCCACAAUGUCCGAGGAGAUGGGCUAUUCUCCCAGCUUCAAACGACCUUCGGAAAUUUUGCGAAUGCGGAGGAAAAGAGCCCGCAGCGAAGCUUUCUCUUCUAGCCCGAGUAGUGACACUAGCGGCACCGAGCAAAGUGUCUCUUCCCCGUCGUCGUCAUCGUCGUGUGUCCGUCCCUUCUCGCCAGGGCCACUUUACUUCCACAGCCACACAAGCUCCGGCGCUGGGGUGAAGCGCAGAAACCCGUUCGCAAACAUUGAGAACAGACGCAGUCCGAAGAAGAAAUGUCUCCAUUUGAACGACGACGAAGCGGGCGAGCAAACGACAGAAAGGCCGCCAACAAGGGAAGAAGGUCUCUUAAGAAAAAGCGAUGACUUGGCUUUCUCAGAAUUGAUGAGCAAAGUCGAAGCUAUGGGACGACAAGAAAACGACAAACAGAAGGGUUUGUCUCUCUCUGAAGAUAGCUCUCUUUUUGAGGAAAGUGAGGAUGACGUUAAAACACCACUACUGAAGAGCCCACGGGCCAUUUCCCCUCUUUCCAUAGCGGCCCCUCUGUGCACGGAGUAUCCAGCCGACUGGAGCUUGAAGACCCGUCUACUUUUUACGUCCUCGCUGUCGCUGUCUUGGUCUGAGCAGCCCAAAGCUCAGGAGGAAGCCUCUGGGCUCAGCCAGCACUGCCGAGCACACUUUAGCACAUGGCCACCUAAUCUACAGGAUCCAAAGUCAUGCACGGAGCUUCGCUGUGCCUUCCAGCAGAGUCUGAUCUAUUGGCAACAUCCCAGCCUGUCUUGGGUGCCACUGUUCCCCAGGAUCAAUGCUGAGCGCAGGUUUACUGGGAAGAGCGCCCCCUGGGCACAUGAUGCAGAGCUGCAGCGAGGUCUCAUGAGUGACUGGUCAGCCAGUCUGUCAUCACUCUACAGUCUACUAAAGGCCAAACUGUGUCCUUACUUCUAUGUCUGCUCCUAUCAGUUCACAGUAUUGUUCCGUGCCGCUGGACUCGGAGGCUCCGUCAGCAUUAAUGCCCUGGUUUCUCCCACGACCAGAGGGCUCCGUGAGGCCAUGAAAGCUGAAGGUAUCGAGUUCACUCUGCCUCUAGUGGAGGAAAGGACGACGAGCAGAGAGCAACAGAAUGUUUGCAAUGAAGAACGGCAACAGAAAGAUAGUUGUGAGCACAAAGAGGACACGUGCUCCUCGGAUGGCCCGGAUGAUGAUGAUGAUGAUGAUGAUGACGACGAUGACGACGAGGAUGGAGGUGGCAGCCUCUCGUGGCUGAAGGAGAUGGGAGUCCAGGACAAGAUCAAGAAGCCAGACAGCAUCGGCAUUCAACUUCGCAAGGAAGACCGAGCGCUCAGGGUGGACCACAAGCCCGAGUCGGUGGUGUGCGUGGAGGGGGCGCACGCGUUCACGCUCGUCAACUUCCUCAUCAACUGCAAGAGCGUGGUGGCGGCGGCCGGGUCUCAGGCGGGCCUUCCACCGACGUUACUGGCCCCGGUUGCUUUUCGAGGCGCUGCCAUGCAUUCGCUUAAGGCUCGCUGUGUGAACGUGAAGAGCCAAGUUGGGACUGCCUACCAGAACAUUAGCAGUAUGGAGAUUACAGGGCCCAUCCUGCCAUCGUCUUUGCACGCCAUCACAACCCUGCUCCGCCCCGCACAGAAAGGAAACUUCUCAGCGACUCUUUACACACAUGCGCCCACAGCCAUCCUGAACAUUCAUGGAACCAAGCAACAGUGCACGAGUGGGUCAGAGGACCACUCUGCGUUUGGCCUCCAUCCGGCCUCCGUCAAGCAGCUGCAGCAACCAUCCAGCCUGGGAAAGACGGCGCUCACACAGAUCUCCAUGAACAACUACAGCUACACCUGGAAGAAGUGAUUCGGUCCUGGUUCUUGAUUCAUCCUAGUCAAGGGGGUGCGUGCCAUUCUAUUCUAUUUUUUCAGCUCAAAUGAAAGUGCACUCACAAAAUAAGGCUUCCCACUUCAAACAUUGACUUGAACUUUUUUUUUGUGUGUUUGAGCUCACUAACAGUGCAGUUUGAACUCACAUGCUGUGCCAAAUCAUUGGAAAAUUAGUGGGGGUGUUAAAAUGAUGAAAUGCUCAUGUACUUAACUUACAGUUCAGUUAUAUUGAACUUUUUAGGCAGCGAUUAUUAGAGGGAGCCUGUGUGCCACUCGUGUUAUAUAUGUACCACACUUGGAGAAUAACUGCGAAUGCUUGCUAGUGUCCCGUCACGUAACUGACAGGAAAUGUAUCCCACCGUCAGCCGCCAUUACAUUCCAUCUCAACCAGCUGGCUCAGUAUAAAAAGUCGAGAAAAUGCCUUGUGUAUUCUAUAAAUGAUCAAAGCAUACAAAUGUUGCAAUGUUCUGCACAAGUUCCCAGUGUGGAGUCAUCCAAUCAGCAGUAGCAUCUUUAUUUCUUAUGCCACUUUGAACGCUUACAUUUGAUUUCUCCAAUGACUCGAGCAAAUAUUAUAUACACUACUAUAAACUGCUUGCUAUGAUAAACAAAUGUACACAAUUUCCUUAAAGUGAUUUUUUUUGUGUUGCUUUUUCUUUUUUUAAAUUUCAGCUAAGCAUUCCAUAUUUCCAUAACUGCAGUUAUAAAAAUACCAUAUAUUUCUUAAUUAGCUUCUUACCUGCGCUGACAAGUGAUACUUAUCAACAUUAUUGCUGCUUUAGCACAGUAGACUCUGGAGCUCUUAAGUAAACAUAGCAACAUGGCUAUUAGCAACUGUAAAAAUGUUUGCUUUCAAUUCAGUUCGGACCACACUUUCGUGGGUUUAAAAAAAAAAAAAAAAAAAUGAAUUGGAGACCAUAACAGUUAAUAAAAAACAAAAAAAA